AGUUAGCCUUGGCGGCUGCUGGGCUUGACUGCUGGACGGAGGUGGGCUAGUUGGGCCUCGGAUCCCGGGAGCGGCGGGGUUCCAGGAAGAUGUUACCCAGUAUUUCGGUGACUUCCCCGGUGCAAGGGAAUGGCUCCUUGAGUUCUAGGGAUGCUGCAAGACACACAGCUGGUGCAAAACGCUACAAGUACUUGCGAAGGCUCUUCCGUUUUCGGCAGAUGGACUUUGAGUUUGCUGCCUGGCAGAUGCUCUACCUGUUCACUUCCCCACAGAGGGUUUAUAGAAACUUCCAUUAUCGCAAGCAGACAAAGGACCAGUGGGCCCGAGACGACCCUGCUUUCCUGGUCCUUCUGAGUAUCUGGCUGUGUGUGUCCACCAUAGGAUUUGGUUUUGUGCUGGACAUGGGAUUUUUUGAGACGAUAAAGCUUCUCCUGUGGGUUGUAUUCAUAGACUGUGUGGGCGUCGGUCUUCUCAUCUCCACUUUAAUGUGGUUCGUCUCUAACAAGUACUUAGUGAAGCGACAGAGUAGAGAUUCCGAUGUGGAGUGGGGCUACGCCUUUGAUGUGCAUUUGAAUGCCUUCUACCCACUCCUGGUCAUUUUGCAUUUUAUCCAGCUCUUUUUCAUCAAUUAUGUUAUCCUAACGGACACAUUUAUUGGCUACUUCAUUGGAAAUACUUUAUGGUUGACUGCAGUUGGCUAUUACAUCUACGUAACCUUCCUUGGCUACAGUGCAUUGCCCUUUUUGAAAAACACGGUGAUCCUUCUCUAUCCCUUCGCGCCCCUCAUUCUGCUCUACGGGCUGUCCCUGGCGCUCGGAUGGAACUUCACUCACACGCUGUGCUCCUUCUACAAGUACAGAGUGAAGUGAGAAGCAGCGGCUUACAGCUGAGCCCGGGGCACAGGUUUGGUAGAGUAGGGGUGGUUUCUUGUAAAGUUUGUAAAUAAAUUAUCAUUGUAGAUAUCUAAACGUGUAAAGUUUGAAGAUUUGAGGAAAUAUAUGUGAACUCUGUCAAAUACAUUCCUAAAACUAAUAAAAUGUACAUUUCUACAAUAAAUAUUUUUGAAACUAAA